UUAUGUUUUAUUGUUCUACAUAAUUUGAUUUCUAUAGUUCAAAAUAAAAUUUAAAAUUAUUGCAAUAUAAUUUUCACGUUAUGUAGAUAAAGUUCCGUGACAGUGAACCUUAUAACAUUAUGUAUGAUAACUUAUAUCGCUUAAUACAGCGAUGCAAACAGUCAAAUGUAUAUCGUAAUUAUUCUUGAAUAAUCAUUUCUAUGAUUGUUAAUAAAUAGUUUUGUUUAUCUAUGCAUUCAAAUGAAUCAAAUGUACUCGCAUAAUCAAAUCUAUUGAUGUGUAUUUAGAUUUUAAAAUUAAUUAUUUUUGUCAUUUUUUAAGUGCGAUAUUGUUAAUAUUAAUUUUAAUUUAAAGUUUAAGCAUAAAUGCUCAUUUUUUCGCAAGAUAGAAUAAUUUUGUAUAUUAACAAUGUAUGAUUCUGUUAAAAAAUUUGUUUCACGACACAAACGUAAAUUAAUAAUCAGCGGUGCAUUAUUUUGUAGUACUGCGUAUGUAGUUUACACCAUCAAAAAGAAAUUGGUUGAAAAAAAAGAUAAAGAAAAUCGAGAAUACCUGGAACGAAGUAGACGUCAACAGCACUACGAAGCCACAGAAAACACUUCAAAUCGUAUGAUAACUGAAUUUGUUAAACAACUUCAUGUUAAAUAUUUUUCAAAAAAUUUACGCAUUGAAAAUAUUAUUGAUAAAUUGAAGAUACAAAAUGAUAUAGCACUUUGGGAAGAAAUGAGAAUAUGUGUUUUUACUAGAGCAUGCUUACUUGUUUAUGCAGAAACUAUGUUGGUAAUAACAUUAAAAAUUCAACUAAAUUUGCUUGGAGGUCUUGUAUACAAAAGUCUAUCACAAGAUUCACCACCAGUUUGUUCAAAAACCCAAGAAGAAUACUUGUUACAUUUUAGUUAUUUCAUCGAGGAUGGUAUUAAACGUUUAGAAGAAUAUUUACAUAGUAAAGUUAUUAAGUAUGUACAGCAAGUUCCUAUCCAAGAACAAUACAAUCUACAGGACUUGGAAAAACUAUUUUUUCUCAUUCAAACUGAAAUCGCAAGUGAUACAGAUGGUCCUUUUCGAUGUAUAGAUACAUACAUGUUACAUCAAAUGCCAAAAGUGCGAGAAGCACUAUUACAAGAUAUGAUUAAUGAAACACGAGAACUAUUAAAAAAUGACGAGAUAAUUUCAGUAGCUCGUUAUUGCUCAAGUCAUAGUUUUAAUAAAUUAAUGGAUGCUAUAACAAUUAAUACACCUAAUCGAUCAGUAAAUCUACCUACUACUGUCAAAAUGCCAUUUGCCAAGUGGUUACCAAUUGUUGAUAGAUCAACUAAAGUAACGGAAAAUGGAGACUGCAGCUUAAAACAAAAUGUCCACUUGGAUGGAAAAGUUAAAGUGCUCAGUGCAAAUGUGUAUGAGGCAUUUUGUUCUGCAUAAAUUUUAUUUGAAGGUUUUGUUUUUCUUAUUAAUAUUAUAUUAUGAACUUGUUUUGUAACUCGUAUAAAUGGGUACCUAUGUAUUUAUUUUUAAACUUACAAAUGUUAAAUUAAUUCAACCAUUAAUAUUUAUUUUUGGGAAAUUUGGGAACUAUUAUAUUGUAAUAACAAUAAUUUUAAAAAAAAAGUAUUUUGAAAUUUUACCAUGUCUUAUAAAAUUGAACUAAGAUCUAUUUACCUGUUA